UCGGCCCUUGUCAACCGCCCCUGAGAACAGCACCAAACUACAUUUGUACCAAGCCACGGUCUCUGUUAUCUGCCUGACUUUUUGCACUGUUUUUCCAGCGACAGCUCUUCCAGUUGUGUCCUGCUCUGCCAUGUCGCCGAGGCUAGUAAACCCAUCCACUGCGUCAGGUGUAAAUAUGGGCAGCGAUAUUGAAGUGAUGCCGCAAAUCAAGGACGAGCACCGUCCAGACCCCUACAGGUUUCGCUUGGGCAUAAUGCCAGACGACGAACUCAACCAGCUACGCCGACGCCAUAAGACCGGUAAAAGCCUGGAGGAGUACCACCGUAAACAAAACGAAUCUAUGGACGAACACACGGAGGAAGCUAGGAUUGACGAAGAGGCUUCCCGCUUUGCCAUAAGGAUUGCUGUUUGGGCAAGUCUCAUAGCAAACUUUAGUCUCUGCGCCCUCCAACUCUACGCUGCUAUAAGCUCUGGAUCACUGUCGCUUAUUGCAACUGGGAUCGACGCCGUCUUCGACUUUGGAAGUAACCUGUUCUUGUAUUUCAUGCAUAAACAAGCGAUGAAGAUGGAUGUGAACAAAUGGCCAGUGGGUGGGGCUAGGCUGGAGACCAUCGGGAACAUCAUAUACGGCGCACUCAUGUCGGCCGUCAACCUGGUUGUCAUAGUCGAGGCCAUCCAGACUUUGAUGUCGCGGCAGUCAGAUAAUUCUUUCCACUUGGCAUCAAUUCUCGCUGUUGCUGCCGCCCUCGGAGCUAAAUUUAUUCUUUUUUUGUAUUGCUUCGGUCUCCGGUCCAAGUCAAGUCAAGUUCAUGUCCUAUGGGAAGACCAUCGGAAUGAUUUGUUCAUCAACGGUUUUGGUAUUCUCAUGUCCGCCGGUGGCAGUAGAUGGAAAUGGUGGCUGGACCCCGUUGGCGGUCUCCUCAUCGCAACGGGCGUCAUCGCUGCAUGGAUUCACACCAUUUAUGAACAAUUUGGACUGCUGGCUGGCAAAUCUGCACCGCACGAGUUCAUCCAGUUGAUCAUCUACAAGGCGAUGACAUUCAGCGAGGACAUUGAGAAGAUCGAUACCGUUCGUGCGUACCACAGCGGACCCGAUUAUUUCGUCGAAGUUGACAUCGUGAUGGAUGCCGCCACUCCUCUGUGGAAGGCACACGAUAUCUCUCAACAGCUGCAAGACAAACUCGAAAGAUUGCCGAAUGUCGAGCGCGCAUUCGUGCAUGUUGAUCAUGAGACAGAUCACACACCUGAGCAUCGAAAGGCUAUAUAACCAUACCAACACGCCCGAGAUAUCGUUCUCCUGAUCUUGCAUUGUUGAUAAAAGACAUACCCUGACGACCCGCGACUGACACGUAAGUUUCCUGGUAGUGACGAUGUCGCAGAAGCAGACAUUGCGCGAGGUAGAUUCGCAUAUGAAUUAGAUCAAACCAAUAAAAUGAGCUCCCGAUGACCUUGUCUUUUCCCUCCGCCGUUCCAGUGCGCUUCUGUUACAGUGCCCGGAGCGGCAUUUGGGAGUGUCGGUACAUAAAAGUGUCCAAGGGUGAAUGAAAGGGCCGGUUGACAUCGUGGAGCUGUGGUGGCGACAAAAUAAGGA